AUGCUGCGGUGCACUUCAGCAGCAUCACACCGUUCACGCUCCCUGACUGUCAUUGCCAAUGGUUCUUCCGCUGUUCAGCCGAUUACCAGCAAUGCUGCCCUGAGAUACAUGUGGACAACGAGGUCCGAAUCCAAAGCCAGCGUCUUCUCCAGAAGUUCUUUCCACAGGUCUGCUGCGAUGUCUCAGGUCUCCCGCUGGUCGGCAAUGUCGUACCCUAGCGAGUUGUACCCCUCAAGCGAACUUCUGUCUCAUGAUUCUGCAACCCCACCUCCGCAGAUAUUGGGGCCCGAAGCACAGUUGGCAACGACUUUGGCAUGCAACAUCCUUAAAGGCCUGAACUCGAAGGAUGAAUCUGUGGUUGACGAUAGCACUGAACUGGUUCCAGCCGACUUUGGAAAACACCUCCUUCAUCUCUUCACAGCGUAA